AAUAUACCAUAGAUCUUUGGGUAUGUUCUAUGGUUAACGCUAGUCAAAUUAAAAGGGGUUUAAGGAUUUUGCCAUAUUUGUUUUUAAAAAAUAUAUUUGCAGUUUUGCUUUUACAAGUAUUAAAAUAAUUUGACGAUGGCGGAAGCUGUUGAAAUUUCAGAAAACAAAUCGAGUCAUAAUAAAGAAAAAGGUGAAAAUAUGGAAUGUGCGGUUUGCCUACAAAAAUGUAUUCAUCCAGCCAAACUGCCAUGCGGACACAUUUUUUGUUUUUUAUGUGUGAAAGGAUUCGCAAAUCAGAACAAGAAAUGUGCGAUGUGCAGACAAGAAAUACCUAGAGAUUUUAUAGAACAACCAAACUUAUUAGAACCAGUAUUAUUAGAUAAAACUGUAACUUUUGAUGAUGGAUUUCAAUGGUUUUACGAAGGAAGAAACGGUUGGUGGCAAUACGAUGAACGUACAAGCAAAGAUCUGGAAAAUUCUUAUAAAAAUAAUGAGAAAACCUGUGAAUUAUUGAUCGCAGGUUUUUUGUAUAUAGUAGAUUUGGAAAAUAUGUUGCAGAUUAGACGUAACGAUCCAUCUAGGAGGCGUAGAAUCAAAAGAGAUUUUGCGUCUGUACCUAAAAAAGGAGUUGCUGGUCUACACGGUAACAAACAGACUAAUUAUGACGAAAAUCCUAAUGAAUUUCAUGAAGUUAAUACUAACGAGAUAGAUAUAAAUUUAAAUGAACAAGAAGUACAAAUUUCCGGAGAAGUUGAAUUAGAAGUAACUUUAGAUAUGCUAAAUGAUCUGCAUCUAAAUGAUAAUCAAUGAUAAAUUGAUUAUUAUUCAUAAAAUAAUAAAAUUGGCAAGAAAAAUCUAAAUAUAUCUAAUCUAAAUACAAAUUAACCGAAAUUACGUGAAAAAAAUUCAGUGUUACAAUUGAUAAAAAGCGGCUAAGCCGGAUCUGUGUAUAAACAUUAGUUUUGUUCGUGAAUCUGAUUAUCUUUGUUCGCGUUCGAGCUUGAUUCGGAAUCGGUGUAGAAAACAAAUUAAUUCAGUUUUAAAUUUUCAAUGACAGUUCUGUGGUCGCGUUCUAAAUUGAUUCCAAUAAUCGAUAGCUUUGUUCGCUAGUUUGAUUCGGAAUGAGGAACCUAUCGCACGCAUAUUUUAAAAAUUGUAGCUCGCGUGCUGCUCAGUUCUGCAUUUUUAUCGACAGUUCCGUGUUUAUUUUUGUGAUUUUUACCCUAACCUCUAAGUUUUUCUAUGUGCUUCGAGUAAGCCAUAUGUCAAAGUAGACGUUUUUAAAUUGUUCAGAACGUGUUUUGAACAAAGAAUGCGCCUUCGAAUCGUUCAGAACUUAUUGGGAAUGUGUUCAAAUUAAUUCAGCAUAUACUGAAUUAUAAGAUAGAUAAAAUAUUUAUUUUAUUGUAGUUUCUGUAGAUUAAUAAAUUAUAUUUGGAAAAAAUAUAUUUUUGUAACUUUUUUGAAAAUAUUUAUAAUUCACUUGAAUUAUUUUAAAUUACAAUAUAAAAUGUUUGCAACUUUA